UGGCGUAGGGCGUGCGUCAGCGGCAGGCGCCCAGCGAUUGGGGCGCGCUUGCGGCCCGGGGUUUGGGGCGAAUUAUAAAGUGGCGCGUCCCGUGGGCAGCAGGGAACCAGCGCGCGGCGCGGACACGACGGACCCCGCUCACCUGCCUCCUGCGCUCGGGAUGGCGCGUUUCCUGACACUCUGCACCUGGCUGGUGGCGCUGGGCCCCGGGCUGCUGGCCACCGUGACCGCCGACUGCGGCCAGGACUGCGCCGCCUGCGCCCUGCUGGCGCGCCCCGCCGACCUCAGCGCCGAGACUUGUACUCUAGAAUGUGAAGGGAAGCUGUCUUCUCUCAAUACCUGGGGAAUUUGCAACGAGCUUCUGCAUCCGUCCAAGGUGGAGCUUCCCAGAGACAGCAGCAGGGAAGGCAGCAAAUGGGAUGAUGUCGAUUGGCAGUCAUACAUGAAAAGGUACGGCGGCUUCAUGAAAAGGUACGGCGGCUUCAUGAAAAGGUAUGGCGGCUUCAUGAAGAAGAUGGAUGAGCUCUAUGAGGCCGAGCCAGAGGAAGCCAAGAGAUACGGCGGCUUCAUGAAGAAGGAUGCAGAGGAAGAGGAUGGCCUGAAAGAGCUGGUGGGAAUGGAGCCUUCCCGAGAUGCCAACAUCCACCAAUACAACAGAGAAGAUGAAGUGAGCAAGAGAUACGGCGGCUUCAUGAAGAAGGAUGCAGAGGAAGAGGACGGCCUGAAAGAGCUGGUGGGAAUGGAGCCCUCCCGAGAUGCCAACAUCCACCAAUACAACAGAGAAGAUGAAGUCAGCAAGAGAUACGGCGGCUUCAUGAAGAAGGAUGCAGAGGAAGAGGAUGGCCUGAAAGAGUUGGUGGGAACGGAGGCCCCCCGAGAGGCCAACAUCCACCAAUACAACACAGAAGAAGAAGCAAGCAAGAGAUACGGCGGCUUCAUGAGGGGCGCAAAGAGAAUGCCCGAGAUGGAAGACGAGGCCAAAGAGCUGCAGAAGCGCUACGGGGGCUUCAUGAGAAGGGUGGGCCGCCCCGAGUGGUGGACCCCUUAUAAGAGGUAUGGGGGCUUCCUGAAGCGCUUUGCUGACUUUCCACCUGACAAAGACUGGUACCCAAAGGUCGACAAGAGGUAUGGGGGCUUCAUGAAGCCUUAGCUGACGCCAAGGGAGAAAAUGAAAGUUACUCCAGAGAGGUUCCCGACAAGGAGGAAAGCUUUCACAAUUAUAUAAAAGAUAUUAUGGAAUUUUAAUUUCUUGGCCCGCCGGUAACCCCCAGGUCCCAGAAGCCCUCCCUCUAGGCCCCCAGUGAAAGUGGCAUUGUCAUGCGUUGUACUGUCAUGUGUUGCUUGCUUUGUGCCAUUGGCUUAAUUUUCUGGAUUAGUAACCAACAGCCUGAAAGCUUCAAAGUCUGGGUUCUCUUGAGAAUCUGAAGCUCAGUACUACUGAUCUAUCACAGUAUCUUGUUUUCGUGCUAAAAGAGUCUUUGUGUUCUUGUUCAUUGUUUUUGACAAGAGCCAGUAAAUGCUUACUUGUACAUAGAUGAAAUAAAGCCUUUACCCCAACUGCA